AUGCUUUAUAGCAUUGCUGAUGGCGAGGUGAAGAUGGUAGCUGAAGGUCCACUUACCAAAGCAGCAUUGGAAAACAACAAAUGCUAUUUGCUGGACUGUGGGGCUGAAGUAUUUUUCUGGGUUGGCCGAGUAACACAAGUGGAGGAAAGAAAAGCUGCAAGCCAAGCUGCUGAGGAAUUUAUUGCUAGUCAAAAUCAACCAAAAUCCAUCCGCAUAACCCAGGUUAUUCAAGGGCAUGAGACACGUUUGUUCAGGUCCAAUUUUGGGUCUUGGCACAUGGGCUCAGGGACUUCUGGUGCAGAGGAUAGACGAAGAGGAAAAGUAGCAGCUAUGCUGAAGCAGCAAGGAGUUGAUGUCAAAGGAAUCACGAAAGGUGCUCCUGUAAAUGAGGGAGUCUCCCCGUUACGUGAAGGAGGUGGAAAAUUUGAGGUAUGGUGCAUCAAUGGCAGUGCAAAGACCCCAGUUCCCAAGGAGGAGAUUGGCAAAUUCUACGCUGGAGAUUGCUACAUUGUUCUUUACACAUGUCAUUCUAGUGAUAAGAAAGAAGAUUACUUCUUAUCCUGUUGGAUGGGGAAGGACAGUAUUCAGGAGGAUCAAAUGAUGGCUGCUUGA